AUGGAAUAUACAUCGCCUUCCAAUCAUGUUUUCGUUUCCUAUUCACAACCUCAACUCACUGUUCUAUGUAUUCGAUCACAUGCCAAUGGUCAAACUUUGUUUGGUACUCGAUUGAAAACAUUUCUUAUUGAAAAUAAUUUCCCCACUAUUCUCGACCAUCUCGUCGCAUUUGAAUCUGUUCCAUCCGAUGUCACACACAAACAAUUAUUGCAAGACAUUUAUCAGCAACCUCGCGGUGAAGGUUAUGUUGUUGAAAUCAUCCAAUCUGAUCGACCAUCGUAUCUUGUUAAAAUUAAAACACAAAAAUAUCUUAUGAUUCAUCGAGAUGGAGAGAGCGCCACCUCUCCAAGAUCAUUAUUUGAAGCUAUCAUCAAUGAGAAUGCAGAUGACUUGAGAGCAUUGUUUAAAGAUGAUGCACAAACACUAGCGAGAAUCGAUGAGAUGGAAAAUAAUAUAAGACCAAAGUACAAUGGAAUGAUUGAAUCGGUUGAACGAUUUCACAACACACAUAAAAAUUUAUCAAAAAAAGACUUCAUUCGAUCAAUUCAGAUGAACGAAGAUAUGAAGAUUUAUCUCCCAUUGUUGAUGCGAUUGUAUGCUGGCGAGGAAAAUGAUUAUAAAGGGUUCGGAAUGAAAAAUUCAAAAGACGUAUUCGGUAUUUAUGGCGAUGGAAAUCAAUUAACAACAGUAGAUCAAGACGCAUCGUAA